AUGAACUCAAUUCCCAUUUCGGCCACCAGGCCUUCAACCAGCAUCCGCGUUGCCCAGGUCGUUGGCCUUACUGCUUCGGCAUACCUCGCUGGUUCCAUUGGAAGCAUCAGCUGGCAGAGCGUCCCUGCAUUGAUGGAUGCGCCCGCUCCUCUUUUGGCAAAGCAGUGGAAGAAGAUCUUCGACCAGGGCAAGGUUGCAGCUCCCCCAAUGGCUGUCAUCUCAGCUGCCAUCUUCGGUGGUCUCGCAUACAGAGAACCUGUCGGAUCAUCCAACUUCAACCUCUACACGGCUGCCGCUCUCCUCGUUCCCAGCAUCGUACCCUACACCGUCUUCCUCAUGUCGACUGUCAACAGCAAGCUUCAGGAGAAGGCUUCGUCCCUGGCCAGCGCUUCUCUCACCGACACAGCUGUCGAGUCUGGCGCAGCCGAAGGCGAGACCGCACACGAGCUCCUUGAGAAAUGGGCCACACUCAACCUCGGUCGCUCGCUACUUCCUCUCAUCGGUACUCUGGCAGCUGGAUGGGCCAUCGUCGACAAGUUCGAGGUUCUUGGUCUCGGCGCAAGCUUGAAGCUCGGUGCCGACCGUAUGGGUUAG